UUGAGAAAGAGAGAGAGAGAGAGAGAGACAGAGUAGAGGGAGAGUCCCUUUCCUCCGUAAUCAUCGGCUUGUUCUGUGCACCGUUGUCAAUAAAUUUUUUUCUAUAUAUAUCUCUUCACUUUAUUACUCUUGAAAAUCUCCUCAAAAUUCAAACCGAACCGGGUAUCUUUGCUCCUCAAUCGUUUCUUUGUAUCUGAUUCCUGAACAUCCUUUACCGUCACUUUUCAUCACUUUCUGCUCGAGUUCCAUCGAAGAAAGUAAAGAUGAUGACGUAUAAAAUGUGGAGUUCUCAUACGCGUCUCUGAAAAUUCAAUCGGUUGGGAGGCAAGAAAGGAUUAUUGUGGUAAUGUCUCUCAGCAAAGAGCUUAUCUUACUGCUCCUACAGUUCUGUCAUGAGGAAGACCUCAAUAGGACUGCUCACAUGCUUGAGCAUGAAACGGGUGUUUUCUUUGACAUGGAGCAUUUUGAGGAGCUGGUGCUUGAUGGCAACUGGGAUGAAGCCGAGAAUUAUCUUUUGGGUUUUACCAGACUUGGAGAUGACGAGUACUCUAUCAAGAUCUAUUUCGAAAUGAGGAAGCAAAAGUUCCUUGAGGCUCUUGAUGGGCAUGAUCGCACGAGGGCUCUAGAUAUCCUUCUCAAUGAUUUGAAAGCUUUCGCAAUAUCAAAUGACGACCUGUACAAGGAAAUGCACCAGCUUCUUACUUUAGAUGAUUUCAGAAAACAUGCCUCCUUCUCCUUGUAUGGAGAUACAUUCUCCGCUAGAAAACGGAUGAUGAAUGAACUAAGAAGUAUUAUCGAGGGUGACCCCCUUUUCCAAGACAAACUGAAGUUUCCUCACAUGGAUCAAUCAAGGUUAAGGCGUCUCAUUAACCAAAGUUUAAAUUGGCAGCACCUUCAUUGCACAUAUUCUCAGCCAGAUCCCGACAUAAAAACUCUAUUUGUGGAUCAUCAAUGUCCACUAGCAGAUCAUCCGCAAAGCCAAUCAGUUGAGAAUAAUCUGCUGCCUUUCCAAGCAACGGCAGCAUCAGUAUCACCUUCCUCUUGCAAGGAGACUUCUACUGCGACUCAAUCUGUAGUUUCUGAUGGGCCUGCUGUCAAUCUUGGUGCUCCAACAGCCCCAGGGAGUGGUUUCAAUUAUGUGACAGAUGCCAAGGAUUCUAGUUGUACGUCUGAUACAAUGCCGUCUGGCACUGUGGAUGGGCUGGUAUCAACCACAGUAUUCUCAGAUCUAAUCAACAGAGAUGAAGAUCUACCCAAGGCUGUUCAACAGGUUUUGAGUGAAGCCUCUUCUACAACAAGCAUGGAUUUUCACCCUGUUGAACAGAAUAUUCUUUUAGCUGGUACAAGUGCUGGGGACGUAGGACUAUGGGAUGUUUCUUCUGGGGAGAAAUUACUUUCAAGAAGCUUUUGUGUUUGGAAGAUAAAAAAUGUUUCAAAGACAUUCUUGGAUGCUCUGGUCGAAGAUCCGCAUGUAUUGGUUAAUCGUAUAUGCUGGAGCACUGAUGGUUCGUUGUUUGGAGUCGCAUUUUCAAAACACGUGGUCCAAAUAUAUUCUUAUCAUGGGGGCAGUAAUGUCCAGAAACACUUGGAGAUUGAUGCUCAUGUUGGGGGUGUAAAUGAUCUUGCAUUCUCUAAACAAAAUGACCUUCCUUUCCUCAUAACUUGUGGUAAUGACAAAUUAAUUCAGGUCUGGGAUGUGACUACUGGUGCCAAGCAAUAUACUUUUGAAGGUCAUGCGGCUCCUGUUUGUUCUGUUUGUCCUCGUGUAAAAGAGAGAUUACAUUUCAUACUGUCAAUGUCAGUGAAUGGUGAGAUAAAAGCAUGGUUAUAUGACAAUUUGGGAUCAAGGGUCACCUAUGAUGCUCCUGGUCACUGCCGCACUAGAAUGGCAUAUAGUGCUGAUGGCAAAAGGCUUUUCUCUUCUGGAACCACAAAGGAUGGAGAAUCAUUCAUUCUUGAAUGGGAGGAAAGUGAAGGCUAUGUCAAGAGGAGCUACAAAGGACUUGGGAAAUGUUCCUCAGAUGUUGUGCAAUUUGAUUCAAGCAAUAAUCGGUUUUUGGUUGCGGGCGAUGACCAUUUAAUUAAAGUAUGGGACAUAGACAACACUGAGCUUCUUACAACUAUUGAUGCAGAUGGAGACUUACCUGCAAGUCCACUUGUUCGCAUCAACAAGAGAGGCACAUUAGUGGCUGUUACUGCCAAUCACAAUAAAAUCAAAAUCUUGGCAAACCCUUUUGCCCAUGAGUUGCUGCAAACUUCUGAAAAUUCAUCUGCUAAUCGGCUUAUGGUUCUCCCAGAAACUUUACAAAAGCUUAUAAUCUAUCCAAUUUCAACUGAUGUUAGCGAUAGAGCUACUGAAGAAAGUAACUCUGGAACGGGUACCCCUGGGAAGAUAGGCGAUUCAGCUAACUCAAAGGAGAUGAAACCUGAAUCACUUGCACAAUCCAAUGCUAUAUUAGAGGUUUGGAAAACACAAAUUAAUGAACCUUCACAAAGUCGAUCCUUGAGGCUCCAUUCUGAAGUGGAAACUAAUGAGAUAUCAAGGUUGAUAUACACCAAUGCAGGUAAUGCCAUUUUGGCAUUAGCCUCAAAUGGCAUCCAUCUUCUCUGGAAAUGGUCAAGAAAUGAAACUAGUUUGAGUGGCAAGGCAACCACAAAGGUUCACCCUCAAUUAUGGCAACCAAAAAGUGGACUACUAAUGACCAACGACCUUACCAGUGUAGCCUUCGAGGAAUCUAGGCCUUGUUUUGCUUUGUCCAAGAAUGACUCUUAUGUUCUGUCAGCAUCAACGGGAAUGAUUUCUCUCUUCAACAUGAUGACAUUUAAGAAAAUAAGAGGCUUCGUGCCUCCACCAGUAGCGGCAACAUGUAUUGCUUUUUACCCCCAUGAUAACAAUAUUAUUGCAAUUGGCAUGGAUGAUUCUGCGAUCCUGAUUUAUAACGCUCGCACUGACCAGGUUAUAAGUAAGCUGAAUGGUCAUUCGAAAAGAGUUACUGGCCUUGCCUUCUCUACCACAUUAAACAUACUUGUGUCCUCUGGAGCAGAUGCUCAGGUGGUUGUGUGGAAUACCCAAGAGUGGGACAAAAAGAAAAGCAAAAUGUUGCAGUUAUAUGCUGGGAGGUCGCCAUCAGAAAAUUUUCAUACCCAUGUCCAAUUCCACCAGAAUCAGGAACACUUCCUUACUGUUCAUGUGACUCACUUGGCAAUUUAUGAAACUACAGAACUAAAUCGUGUAAAGCAGUGGGUCAAUGGACCCUUCCGCGCGCAAAUCUGCCAUGCAACGUUUUCCUGUGAUAGCCAAUUAAUCUAUGCCAGCUUUGUGGAUGGAACUGUGUUGAUUUUUGAGGCUUCAAAUUUCCAUCUACGAUGUGAGAUCAAUCCUACUGCUUACAUUCCAUCUGAACUCAGCUCCAAGGCAUAUCCGGUCGCAAUUGCUGCUCACCCACAAGAGCCAAACCAGUUUGCCUUAGCGUUAAAAGACAGUGGAGUCGUGGUCAUCGAGCCUCUGGAAUCGACAGGAAAGUGGGGGGAGGUGCCGUCAGUCGACAACAUAUCAUCCAGUCGCCGUCCGUUUUCCUGCUUGUAAUGGAACCAUGAAACGGCAUCAAUGAGUUUCUUUUUCCAGUCCUUGCAUACAUGGUUACUAUUAAGAGGAAAUAGUAGCAUAGACCUAUUUUGAGUAUUACUGUUGAAUUUUUACUCCGGGUGGCUUUAGAGACAUUGCCCUUGCUUCUGCCAUUCAUGGGACUGUAUGAUUUCAUGAACUCCUGAUUGAAGACUGGGACCAUUUUAAUUUUGGAAAUGGACUCACAGGUGGUGGCAAUUGCUGCUUGUUUAAAUAAAAAUUCAAAUUGGGUGAA